AGGAUGGACACACAGAGACAUGUAUUAGAACUGCCAUGUUAGAGGAGAACCUGGAUGGCGUAGACAGUGGUAGCCUGACCCCUGGCUUAGCUCGGCAAGUCUGCAUUCAGCGACACCCUAGCUACGGAUUCGGCUUCAUUGCUGGCAGCGAGCGCCCUGUCGUCGUGCGCUCUGUCUUCACAGACGGUCCGUCUGAAGGCAAGCUCCUUCCUGGAGAUCAGAUCUUUGCCAUCAAUGAGGAGCCUGUAAGCAACGUGUCCAGGGAGAGAGUCAUAGACCUUGUAAGAAGCUGUAAAGAGUCCAUUACUCUCACUGUGCUACAGCCACAUCAGUCACCGAAGUCUGCCUUUAUUAGUGCAGCCAAGAAAGCCCAUCUGAGGACCAACCCUCCCAAAGUGCGCUUUUCUGAGGAAGUUUCUAUCAGCGAUCCGGAAUCAACAAUGCUGAAGGACGAUUCACUGCUCCUCAUUCCCAACGUACUGAAGGUGUUCCUGGAGAAUGGACAAAUCAAGUCCUUUACCUUCGACAGCCGCACAACUGUCAGGGAUGUGAUAUCCUCCUUGCAAGACCGCCUGUCUCUGCGCUACAUAGAGCAUUUCGCCCUGGUUCUGGAGUCCGGCAGACUGUAUCAGAACCAUCGGCUUCACUUGCUACAGGAGAGUCAGCCACUCUACCAUGUGGUCCAGAAGACUUACUUUCAGGGCAUGAAGUGUCUGUUCCGCAUCUGCUUCUUCCCCAAGGAUCCUGCAGACCUUCUGAGGAGGGACCCUGCUGCUUUUGAAUACCUCUACAUCCAGAGCCGAAAUGAUGUCAUCAAGGAGCGCUUCAGCACUGACUGGAAGUCAGACGUGACACUUAAGCUGGCAGCUCUCCACAUAUACAUCACUGUGUCAGCUGCCAGACCCAACCAGAAGAUCUCCCUCAAGCACGUAGAGAAAGAGUGGGGCCUCGAACCUUUCCUCCCUCUCACUCUGCUGCCCAUCAUCAAAGAGAAGAACAUCUGCAAGUCUCUGUCCCAGCUGCUUAAGACUUACCAGCAUCCCCCGCCUUCUGGAAACAAGGUUCCUCCUUUGCAGGGGAAGCUGCAGUACAUUCGUGCCCUGAAUGAGCUGCCACCCUUUGGAGGGGUGCUUUUCCACACUGUGGGGCUGGAUGAGAAGCAUUCAGCCACAACACUGCUGGUGGGGCCACGGCACGGGAUCAGUCAUGUCAUCGACCUCAAGAACAACCUCACCACAGUGCUGGUUGAGUUCAGGCGGGUGGCCAAAAUUCAGCUGUUCAGGGAAUAUCAGGGAGUGGCCCGAGUAGAGGUGACCAUCCUGGAGGCUAAGCCCCUGGUCUUGUUGAUGGAGUGGCCAGAUGCAACUAAUUUUGCUUGCCUCAUCUCUGGCUAUUACAAGCUAUUUGUGGACCCCAAAAAGGCGAUCUACUGCCGAACACCUGGUCAAUCACACAUGAUCAAGGCAGAUUAUGGGGUUGGCCAUGAAAUCUCACGACAUUCGUCUGCAGCCUCAGGUGCCACCAGACGGGACGAGAUGGUGUUCAGACAAGGGAAGCAUUCAGAACACCAGGCACUGGGCCUCUGCCACCUGCACCUGAAAGAACAGCAGUGGCAGUUUCAAGAUCUCCAGCAGCAGGUGGAGGGGCAGAUGGACAUCAAUGAGAAUCUCAUUGGCCAGCAGGAGGUUCGCCCACGCACGAAGUCGGAUCCCACGCUCAAAAGUUCAGAGUCAAUCAUGGAAUCAGACAGCCUCACCCUGGAUGCAGAGGGGUUCCGAGGCAGAGCACGCACACUGGACCCCGUGAAGCAAGCGGCAAGCUACUUCUGUGAUUCUUGCAAGGCCAAGCUGCAUGCAAGUGCGGAGAAAAACUGUAGCUCUCAAAUGCUGGACGUGAAACACUACUCCAAGACCUGUGCCUUCUGCAAUGGAAAUGCUGUGGACCUCAUGUCCCUCCCCCUGCCUGGCAGUGAGGGGGACAAGGAGGAGGAGGUGGGGGAAGACAAGAAAGGAGGAGGUGCGUUGCAGCCACCACCUCCUGCCAUCGCUGCACCCCCGCCUGGCUUCCGGGACAACAGUUCUGAUGAGGACGACCCCAAGAGGGCACGUAAAACACAUAGUCCAGGAGUGGCCAGAAGGCCACACGAGGCAAUGCCUAUGACACUGAUUGAUGGCACAGUCACAAGGACAGUGCGAGAUCAUGCCCGGGAGCUGGAUGAUGCAUUAGUGUCCACCCUGCAGGCACUGGAGGCCCUGGCUGCAUCAGAGGACUACCCCCACCAUCACCAACAGCACCCACAGGCUACAGGGCUGAUCGUACUGGCAGCUAUCACUCCAGAGUCGUCACUAGACUCUGGCCAUGAGACAAACACCUCUGAGCUGACAGAUGUCUCCGAGAUGGUGUUAGCCAUGAAGCAGCACCAGACCCCUGCCUACCUUCUGGCUCACCACAUCAAUAAGGAUCGCCUCUUCGGCCGUAGUGACUUCCCCCUGGCUAUUCCUGGCUGCAGCACGCAGGCCAUAGCAGGUGGUGCCUUCUCCAUGGGGCAGCUUCGAGGUAGAUGCCCUCCUAAAACUCUAAUCCUCACUAAGUCUGCAUCCCUGAGACUUAGUCCUGGUCAAGAGGUUGCCGCACUCAGCCCUGUGGCACAAGCAUCCAAUCAGAAUGCCCAGAACUCAGAAAACUCCAAGCUGGAACCCACUGUAGGGGUUCCCACUGGCCUUGUUUCACAGGCCUCCAUGGAACUAAAGGCAGCUAACCAAAAUGAAAGUAGCCACGGCAGCAAUGAUCACAAGAUGUCAUUCCCCGCAGAGAGCCGACCAAGCUCCAAACCUUCUCCAGAUAUUAACCAGAAAAAAUCUGCUUCUCCUAGUCCAGAAACUACCAACAAAGCCUUACCCAUUCUCUUGCCAGCAGAUAAAGUUUCCUCUGCUAAGGUAUGCUUAACAAACAUGUGUCAAGGUGCUGAGACUGCCUGUGUUAGGACCAAGAGGUCUUCAAGCUCCAAAGGCCUCCUGCCUGCUGAGAAUCUGUUCUGCACAUGCCCAUUGCGGCCACAGCCAGCACCACUCCUGCAGCUGAAGGAGUCUCAGGCUCAGAAAGCAGUUGUGUUCCACUCGUCUUCCCCAACUGAUGAUGAGCGCAUUCGUGCUAAAGCUAAAAGCCAGCAGUUACCCAGUAACAAAGAGGGUGUAGUUCAAGGCCCAGAGCCCAGUCUGGUCAAAUCAACUACCCCAACCCCACCUAGGAACUUGUCACUCACCACUGUCAGGGCAGAGCACAAGGAGAAAACUGAAGUCAAGACUGAAAUUCCCCAGAGUAAAGUUUCCAUUGAACAACAAAAAAGCCUUAAACCCCUACCCAGUCCUGUGGAAUCAGCCCAAGCUAUUGGGUAUGCUGGCACCAUGACUGCUGAAGAGUGUAGGAUACAAGGUAACAGCAAGCCCAAACAGCAGCGCAGUGCCCCUUUCUCAAACCUCCGGAAUUUGCUGUCAGCCACCUUCCCAGCCCGGCAGCGGCGCGAGACUGAUGAGCGUCGGGCCCACCUGCAGAAGGUGCGUGAAUAUGAGCUUGAGUUCCUGGAGGAGCUACUGAAGCCAAAGACAGCGCAGGUGGAGUUCAUGCCUCAAGGUUCAUCACCAGUGCCUGCAGGCACCCCGUGUCUUUGUCGACCACGCACCAGCCCUGUGCAGAAGGUCCCCGGUGUCUCCAGGGAGCAGCGGCGGAGCUGCGACUGCAAGAGAUUGUGCCGUGGGCUUCCACUGCCUGACACACCUGUGGUGUCAGCCUUGGAACAAAGAGGGAGAGAAAGGAUUGUCAGCAGGACAUCCCCCGUAGUCCCCAAGACCUUGCAGCUGCAGGAAGGUCUCAGAAGGCCCCACUCUUUGGAGAUAAAGACCACCCGAAUCCGUUCUUCCAGCUUGGAGUCCCGAGAGCCUCAAGGAGCAUCUUUGUCCUGUCUGCCCGCUUGCACAUCCCACUCUGAGUGCAUGGGGGAUCCACACUACAAGAAGCUCCUGCGGAGCAACAGUCUCAGUGGGCCAGAGAGUGAUCAGAUGCCCCUCUACGCAGAAGUGAAGCCAAUCAAAUCCAGGAGUUUGGAGAAGGAGUUGGAGCAAAUCAAGACAACUAGAAUGAGGCUCUCCACUCCUACGGAACCCACUUAUGCUCAGCUUGGUGAUAGGAAGAAAAAAGGGGCUUUCUCAAUUCUAGGGGAGGAACCGCUGCGGGAGACCCCAGUGGAGGCAGACAAGGCAGUUAUGGGGCUCCCAAUCAAGAAAGAUGAUGGUGGAAAACAGUGCUAUGCCUUCUGCUUCUGCUACCGCAAAUGCAAGGAGGCAGAAGAGGGCAGUGAGAAGGAUGAGCUCUCUUAUUCGGUUCCAGUACAUGUGUUGCCUGGUAUGCAGCUUGAUGCCAAUGCUUUGUCUGUGGUCAAUAAGACCUUGCAGGUGCUGGAUGCAGAGGACUGCACAGGGGAAGAGGAGCCAGAAGAAGAGCCUCAAGGACAGGAGAUCGAUCUAAGAGCUUGCAGCAGCUUAGAGGCUAGUCUGGCACGAGUACAAGCACUGCAAUGUAAGACCUUCUCACUGCCUGAUGGGUUUCUGAGUGCCCAGCUGGAUGCCAAUGAGCUCCUAGCCAUUUUGCGGCAGUGUGCCAGCAGCCCCCUGGUGGAGGACGGGCCCUGGCUACAGGCACCACAGCUCACAGAAUACAAGCAGGAGCUGGCUGUGCGUUUCAGGGAGUUCCGGGCAUCUUGUCGGCAUGUGGCAUGUGUGGAGAAGAGCCCCACACGUAUGCUGAGUGCUGUCGCUGCUAGUUUCCAGGUACUGUGUGGCUUGAUGCAGACCUAUAUCAGGCUAGUGCAUGGGGUUCGCUCUGAAGCCCAGCGCCUACAGCUGCUUCGCAAGGUGGAGGAGGUGGCACACAACUACACUCUGCUUCUGAGAGCUGCUGAGGAGUCCAUGGGCCGCUCCAGUAGUCUGCCUAGUAAAACAAGCAGCACCAGCCCCAUGCCUAUCCAUGCUAACGUAGGUUCCCUCACUCGUUCAAUAAAGACUCAGAUCAUCAAGUAA